UGAAGUCACACCUCUCACAUGGCCCCUCCGGCCAGCCAGGCACCUCAGGUAAGAGCUGUGCCCAGGCCAGCACCAGCAGCUCAGCCACCAAUGCCAGCUCUACCAUCUGCUGUGGGCUCACUUGCUGCUGCCCCCCAGCAGCCAGGUCGCAUGGCCCGGGUGGCAACCACUGCAGCUGGUGUGGCUGUGGGCUCUGCUGUCAGCCACACUCUAGGUCAAGCCAUCACUGGGGGCUCCAGCGGAGGAAGUAAUGCUGAGCCCUCAAGGCCUGACAUCACUUACCAGGAGCCUCAGGGAACUCAGCCGACAUCCCAGCAGCAGCAGCAACAGUUUGGCCCAUGCCACUGUGAGAUGAAACAGUUUUUGGACUGUGCACAGAACCAGAGUGACCUUAAGCUUUGUCAGGGUUUCAGUGAGGUACUAAAACAGUGCAGGUAUGCAAAUGGGUUAGCCUAAUUGAGAAGUUCAUAUAGAAGAAAUGGAAAAUCAUCUCUCGUGACCAAGUUAAUUUAUUAUAAAGAUAUAAUUGAUAGUGAAAGUAUAAAACUACCAGUUAAACCCAUCCUACCAUUAAUAACUUCCUUGCCUCAGAACUGCAAUAGAAAAGAGUGUUCUUACUAUACAGCAGUUCACUGAGGUGGCAUUGAGUUUGGGGCUGGGCAAAUGUUUGUGUGGCCUCCUUAAACCUGCUUUUGUGAUGUUACUGUCUGUGAAUCAAUUAGAAUAAAGUAAUUUUCUU